GGUCCAUAGUUAAAGGGCUUGUGCCUUGUACCCAAAGCCGUAAAACUUCAUUUUAAAAAAACUCAGAGCUGUCAAAAAUUAGUUUUCGGACAUAUUUUUAUUUUGCUUUGCUCUGUUUCGUAAAUUCAUGGAAUUAAUGUAACUAAAUUAACGUACUGUAGAAAUGUUAAUGUUUAUUUAGCAGUCUACCAUCCACACCAAGCUAUCAAAUUAAUGCAAGUGUAACUUGUAGAUAAUCUAGUGCGGGACAAAAAGUUGUGAUUUGUGUGACUGAUUUCGCAUCUAUUUCGCAAAAUCAAUAGUUUUAGAUCGAAAUCUUGCCUAAUGAUUGAGGGCUCAGUAUUAAUCUACACGGCUCUGUGCUCUUUAUAAGGUUUCUUGUUUUAGUUACAGUUUUAAUUAAUUUCCACGAUGCAUUUGGGAGUAAAUAUUUCUAACGCUCUACAGCAAUUGGAGAGUGUAAAGGCUGCUGUAGAUCAAAGUGAUGACCCAAAAUUAAAGGCUGCCACAAGUGAUGAUUUGACUUUGCUUAUCAAUUUACUGGAUAGCCCUAUAUUGAAAAGCAUUGCUACAUUACAUGACUCAGUUGGAAUGCUUGCCACUCAAGUGGCACAUCACCCAUCUAUUCUGCCCAGUGAUUUUGAUAUUACUCCAGCUGGUGACUUGGCUUUGCAAGCAAGAAAUUUGUAUGGCAGUAAUGAAGGGGAAGAGGAACAAAGAGUGCCUCAGGUGUCUCCGCCUCAGAGCCUGGAAUUUGGGUCCAGUUCUGAUAACGAACGCAUUUUAGGCCUUGACAGUGCCUCAGUUGAUUCCAACAUGUCACCAAAGCAGAGCCGUGGAAUUUUGGAUCUGUCUCGAAAUGAUGAUUCCUUGGCAUCAACAUCACACAAUAUUGUAGCUGGUGACUGGGCUCAAGUUGAGAUUAUAAACCUGGUGAAUGAUGGAACUGGUCUUGGAUUUGGUAUUAUUGGGGCAAGAACUAGCGGUGUUAUUGUCAAAACGAUCUUGGCGGGCGGUGUCGCGGAUCGUGACGGCCGCCUGAAAUCUGGCGAUCAUAUCCUGCAAAUUGGAGAUGUGAGCCUAAUGGAGAUGGGUUCGGAGCAGGUGGCGGGCGUGCUACGCGCGUCAGGAUCACGCGUGCGUCUUGUUGUCGCGCGCGCGGUUGAUCCCGCCGCGGCGCACGCGUCACCCGCGCCCGUGGUCCCUGCCAGGCUCCUAUCCGACCCAGAAGCACUGGAUCGUUACCUCAUGGACGCUGGUUUCGAGCAGGUCUUCCACACUCAACCGACGCCUGUAUCUCUGAACUCUACGUCUACCAGAUUUGUUUUUGACAAAUCUAUUACACCACCUCCAGAAACAGACGCAGAAUCGCCAGAAGUUGACAGAUUUACUGUGCAGUUAAAGAAAGACGAAAAUGGCCUUGGAAUAACCAUAGCAGGCUAUGUAUGCGAAAAGGAAGAGCUUUCUGGAAUAUUCGUGAAGUCAGUGACAGCGGGCAGCGCGGCGGCCCUCAGCGGGAAAGUGCGGGUCAAUGACCGCAUCGUGGCUGUCGACGGAGUGUCCCUCGCCGGCAAGUCCAACCAGCGCGCUGUGGACGCGCUCAAACAGAGCGGGAAUGUGGUCACGCUGGAGUUGGAAAGAUACCUCCGCGGGCCGAAGUUCGAGCAACUUCAACAAGCGAUCGCUGCGGGCGAGUCGGCGGCCAUCGUGGCGGCGCCUCACAACCCUUUCCUGCACAUGCACCGUCCUGAGUCGAGCGCCGAGCGCGACAUACAGAUGACGCACCUGCAUAGCUCGCUGGACAGCACCGUGGAUGACGCGCCGGCGUCGCCUCCGCGCAGUCCGCCGCCGCCCGCGCCGCGCCCGCAGCCCGCCUUCGAGAUGCCGCGCUCGCAGGAGCAGAAGGAUGCCAUCAAGCGCAAGUGGCAGGCCAUACUUGGUUCCGACGUAGAAAUAGUAGUGGGCGUGGUAGUUCGCGGCGGAGGCGGACUGGGCAUAUCCCUUGAAGGCACUGUAGACGUAGAGGGAGGGAGGGAGGUCAGACCGCACCACUACGUGAGGUCGGUACUACCAGAGGGACCGGUGGGGCGCGCGGGCGUCCAUCGCCCGGGAGACGAACUGCUUGAGGUGAACGGCCACCGGCUCCUAGGCAUGAACCACCUGGAAGUGGUGUCGAUCCUGAAGGAACUCUCGAGCGAAGUGUGUAUGGUCUGCGCGCGGCCCCGUCCCCAGCCUGCGUUGGAUCUAGCGCCGCCCUCUACUACACUUGUUAAGGCGAAGUCUGAUGGAAGCCUAGCAGGCGCCGGCGCAGAGGAAGGUGGAGCUCUAUCGGCUGGAGGCAAGGUGCGCUCGCGCAGCCUAGAGCCGCUCACCGGGCUUGCUAUGUGGUCAUCUGAACCGCAGAUCAUAGAGCUGGUGAAGGGCGAGCGCGGGCUCGGGUUCUCGAUCCUGGACUACCAGGACCCGCUGCGGCCGGCGCACACGCUGGUGGUGAUCCGCUCGCUGGUGCCGGGCGGCGUGGCGCAGCAGGACGGCCGCCUCAUACCCGGCGACCGGCUGCUCUUCGUCAACGACCAGAACCUCGAAGACGCGAGCCUCGAGCAAGCAGUAGCAGCGUUGAAGGGUGCUCCGCGCGGUGUGGUCCGCAUCGGCGUGGCCAAGCCGCUCCCGCUGGCUGACGCGCCGCCGCCACUGCCCUCAACCGCGCCGCCCGCGCCCUUGCAAGCCCCGCCCACUCCUUAAGACGUACGUCCAACCUCAGGUAGGGUUGCCAACUAUACUCACGCCCGUAUUCACAAAUGAUGCUGCUUAAGAGAAGCAGCACAUCGAACGCACAGCGUUGAAUAGAGCUCUGUGAUUAGUUCGUGUGUCACCCUGUGCUUCUACGUGCACUGUGAGAUCUCAUAGUAAUGUUUGUGAAUACGGGCGUUAUACUUUUACAACAAUGAAGUAUACACAAUCUGUGGAACACUCCCUUAAAAUUGGCAACCCUGGAUAUAUUAUUGCAGGGUUUCUUAACCUCUAAUAAUACUAACGGGCUCUCCCUGCAGCGCGCCAUUACAAGCUCCACCCACUCCUUACAGACGUACGUCCAACUUCAGAUAGCAUUAUGGUUGUCAAUUACCAUACUCAUACUUUUGAAAAACAUGAAGUAUACAAUAAUGACUCGAGGUUAAGAAUCCUGUUAUAAAUAGCGAUAUACAAACAGUAGUCGCCACGACUAUUUGUUUUAUUUCGAGGUCUGUGAGGUAUUAGGUACAAUUUUCAAACUACUUGCAACUUGUCUCUCAAACAAGUUGAAUAUACGAGAAACAUCGUCUCGUGUUUGCUCUUGGAGUUAGGACCUUGAAAGCAUAUUCCGCGUCUUGCGUGACGUUACAGAAUUAUGUUUUUUUAGUGCAUUCGAGACGACACUUAACUGUUUUAUGCUAAAAGUUUAGACACGCUACUUGCAAUCUUUAUUUAUUUAUUCUACUUAUAAUAGAAACAUUUUCUAUAAAUUAUUCUUAAUCAAAGAAAAACCGUCAGAAGGACAUUGAGUUUUAUUAACGAAUCGAUCAAUUUAUGAAAUAAACUUUAGUGAAACGAGGUGUUAGAAAACCCCUGACAAAAACUUUUUGUCUUAAGACAAUAACUAAAAGUGUUACCACACAAUAAUUUAAAGUAUUUCCAAACUGUAUUAUGAACUUGGUAAAAAUGUAUUAUUCGUUGCGAAAUAAUCCCAACUAAUAUUAUAAAUGCGAAAGUAACUCUGUCUGUCUGUCUGUCUGUUACGCUUUCCCGCUUAAACCUCGCAACCGAUUUUGAUGAAAUUUGGCAUAGAGAUAGUUUGAGUCCCGGGAAAGAACAUAGGAUAGUUUUUAUCCCGGUUUUUGAAACAGGGACGCGCGCGAUAAAGUUUUUCUGUGACAGACAAAAUUCCACGCGGGCGAAGCCGCGGGCGGAAAGCUAGUGUAGAAUAUUAUAUUAAAAUUAAAGGUAAAUCAUCCCUAUCUUAUCAAUGCAUUUCUCAGUUGUUAAACUCAUAAUCUAUUCUUUGAAAUGCAAUUUAUUAUUAAUAAUUUAUCGUUUUGACAUGCACUGAUGCACUUGAUCCCUUUUCCAAAACGGGCUUAUUAGUUUUAUUAGCAUAGCAUUAUAUUUCAUGUUUACUCGUGUAGGUUACACUCUUUUUUGUCUUUGUAUCUGAAUGAAUAUGAAAUAUUGGGUCACCUAGACCAAACUAUCGUUAUAAACUCUUAAUUUAAGUAUAUAAUUUCCUUUAUUGAAAAGAAAUCAUUCCAAUCAUAGUUAUGUAAUAAGAAAAUGAUUUUAUAUUGUACUUACUUAAAACAUUCGUGAAAUAUGAUUUAAAUAUUUUACGGGUAAAAGCGUCAUGUACUUACUCAAACAUCAGUAUCAUGUUUAAUAUUUGACUUUGUUCUUUUGACAUUUAUUAGAAUUGUAUCUUAGACUUAGGUUAGCAAAAUGGAAUUUAUAAAUAAUGGAAUUUACUGCCAGGUACUUAUUCUUAUAUUUUAUGCAUUAUCUUUUCAAAGUAUUAUCUAAAUUUAAAUAUAAAUCGAUUUAUAUUAUUGUUAGUUGUUAGAUAUCCAUUCCGAUUGAAUUUACUAUUAUUAAGAUUUUAUCGUAAUAGUUAAAUAAAUUUAUAUUAUUAA